AGUCCAGUGAAAGAGAGUGAGGGAGAGAGGGAGAGAAGAAGGCAACAGCACACAGAGAGGGAGAGAUAAAGUUGCCUGGGGCUGAGGUUUGUGGAGGGAGCACACAGACUCACUUUUCUUUCUUGUUCCCUUCUCAAACAAAGUUUUGAGGAAAAAGCCAACGGGAACCCGUCCGACUGGCUCAGAGAGAAGAAGAGGAUUUAAUCAAGGGAAGAGUGAGAGGAAGGAGCGAAAGGACAGAGGGAAGAAGAAGACGGACUAACUGCUCCAAGGGAAGUCAUUGAGUGGAUGCUGCCAUACUCAGUAUCAGGUUUCACAAAAUGAGAAACCACCACAAGAGCGCUUCUGCAGGGCUCAACCAACCAAGCAAGGAUGCCAGCUGCUAGCAUCAUGACCGGUGGGAGAGCUCUGCUGCUCUGUACAAACACAGAGAACUGCAUCUACCAGUCAGUUAACGGGCUCCAGUGCUGUGGCUUGCAGUUUGUAGACGCUCAGUCUGUGGUGUCCCAGAGGCCAGAACUGUGCAGGGUUGUGGACAGCCCGUCCCCCCUCACGUCCCUGGACAACCUCGACUGCUGCCCAGGGAACACCGCCAUGCUCGCCCACAAGAGACCGACCAGCAGUCGUCCCGUUGAGAACGGCCUGGGGAGCUGCAGCAAGCCUCCCAGGACUCCCACAGGGGUCAAGAGCACAGCCAGCAUUAGAGACAAGAUCUCCCAAUGGGAGGGCAAAACGGAGAACGCUGGACCAAACCUGCAGGCAGCUGUUCAGAAAGAGGCUGAAAGUGUGAGGAAGAAAGAUGUUAAAGCUACAGAGGUACAAAGGAGAGAUAGUAAAAGAGGUUGUAGCUGGGAGAGACAGGAUGCUGGUAAGGAGAAUGGGAACAGGCUUGGAGAUACAACGUCUGAGGCAUGUACGAAGGAAAGAGAGGUGAUAUUAGACAAAAUGCCUGUGGGGAAAACAACAGAGAAUGUCCAGGACAAAAAGUCAGUUUUGACGCACAUUAAGAAACUUGAGCAGGCCAUGAAGGAGACCCCUUCAAAGCCUUCUUUACCAGGCAACUAUUUCUGUCCGCCUUCUAAAGAGGAGCAGGAGGAAACAGAGAAGAAAGCUGCAGAACCCAUCUUUGGGACUCUGGACGUAGUGAGGAUCGGAAGCCGUCGUGGCCGAAACAGAGACCCUGAGAACGUGUACACUGAACCUGGGGCUCCCUCCAUUAACCCUCUCCCCAAACCCCAACGUACAUUUCAGCACCACACUCAAACAAACACCCCAGGACCACCCCAAGGCUUGCUGAAAGGUCGGCGGAAUCUGCCGCCUUUGCCCUCCAUACCUCCUCCACCACUACCUUCCUGCCCUCCACCUCCUGGUGUCUGUCGGAGGCCUUGGGCUGAACGAGCUCGAGACAGCAACAACAGGAAGUCAUAUGAGUUUGAGGACCUGUUGCAGUUGUCCACUGAGGGCUGUGGAGUGGAUUGGUACGCUCAGUCAAAGCUGGGGCUCACACGCACUUUAUCUGAGGAGAACGUCUAUGAGGAUAUCCUAGACCCUCCAUCAAAAGAAAACCCUUAUGAAGACAUAGAGUUAGAAAACCGUUGUCCUGGAAGCAAAUGUGCUGUGCCCAUGUCACCUUCCUCACCCACUCCAGACACCCCAAUUAAGCUUUCCUCCAAGCCUGGCUUCUUCAGGCAGAACUCAGAACGGCGCAGCUUCAAACUGUUAGACCUGCGCAAGACCAACAGAGAUGGGGGUAUAGCGUCACCAUCAAGAAUAAGCCCACCUUCAACCCCCAGCAGCCCUGAUGACACGCCCUGCCUCUCAGGAGACCCCUACAACCGCAGACGAAGGAAAAUCCCCAAGAUGGUGCUGAAGAUCAAUGGCAUCUUUGAGGCCAGGAGGGGGAAGAAGAGGAUGAAGCGGGUCUCGCAGUCAACUGAUUCCAGCUCAGGACGAGUGACGGACGAGAACAGUGAAUCUGAGAGCGACACAGAAGAAAAACUCAAAGCUCACAGCCAGAGGCUGGUGUCAGUGCAGUCCAUGCUAAAGCAGACGGGCCGAUAUCGCACACUGGAGAGAGACCUGAUGGACCUUCAGGAGAGGAAGCUUUUUGAGUAUUUCCUUGUGGUGGCACUCCAUAAAACCAAAGCGGGAGCACCCUAUCUGCCUGAGGUCACUCAGCAGUUCCCCUUGAAGCUUGAGAGGAGUUUUAAGUUUAUGAGGGAGGCUGAGGACCAGCUGAAGGUCAUCCCCCAAUUCUGCUUCCCUGAUGCAAAAGACUGGGCUCCUGUGGACAGUUUCCCCAGUGAGACCUUCUCGUUUGUCUUGACGGGAGAAGAUGGGAGCAGAAGGUUUGGCUACUGUCGGCGCUUACUGCCCAGUGGGAAGGGGAGGCGUCUGCCUGAAGUCUACUGCAUAGUGAGCCGGCUGGGAUGUUUUGACCUCUUCUCAAAGAUGCUGGAUGAGGUUGAGAAAAGGAGGGCCAUUUCUCCUGCUCUGGUGCAGCCCUUCAUGAGGGGCAUAAUGGAGGCUCCCUUCCCAGCCCCGGGCAGAACCAUUACUGUGAAGAACUUCCUUCCAGGAUCAGGCACUGAGGUGAUAGAGCUGUGUCGUCCCUCUGACUCUCGUCUGGAGCAUGUGGAUUUCGAGUGUCUCUUCUCCUCUUUGAGUCUGCGUCUCCUCUUGAGGGUCUUUGCUUCUUUGUUGCUGGAACGGAGGGUCAUCUUCACAGCAGACAAGCUCAGCACUCUCUCUCAGUGUUGUCACGCGGUCGUGGCCCUGCUGUAUCCCUUCACAUGGCAGCACACUUACAUCCCUGUUUUGCCGCCCUCCAUGAUGGACAUUGUGUGCACUCCAACUCCUUUCAUCGUCGGCCUGCUAUCCAGCUCUCUGCCACGCCUCAAGGAGCUCCCCCUUGAAGAGGUUCUGGUGGUCGACCUUGGCAAUAGUCGUUUCCUACGACAGAUGGACGAUGAAGAUUCCAUUCUGCCCCACAAGCUGCAGGCCGCUCUGGAGCAUGUUCUGGAGAGGAGGAGGGAGCUCGCCUGUGACAGAGGAGACCUUCCCAAUGAGCACUGCUCUCUGAGUGCUGUGGCGUCCGAGGCUUUUGUCCGCUUUUUCGUGGAAAUCGUUGGACACUACUCACUCUUCAUGGGAGGCAGUGAGCGUGACGAAGAAUCCUCAGCCUCCUCUUCCUCUUCUCCCACACCGCUGUCCUUCCAGCGCGAGGCCUUUCGCAAGGCUGUGUCUUCUAAGAGUCUGCGGCGCUUUCUUGAGGUCUUCAUGGAGACGCAGAUGUUCGCAGGCUUCGUGCAGGAGAGGGAGCUGAGGAGGCAGGGACUGAGAGGGCUGUUUGAGGUGAGGGCCCAAGAUUACCUGGACUCCCUGCCUGGAGCUGAGCAUCGCGGAGUCAACAAGUUUCUGAAAGGUCUAGGACACAAAAUGAAAUUUCUCUCCUCCAAAAAGUGACGUUUCUCUCCACAUUGGGUGGAUGGUGUUCAAGCAACGUGCUGCACACCAAACCAACUCCACAGACUGACUCUGCAGAGGAACUGAGCACUCAUGGCAGCACUGAGACUGCAAGGAGAAACCAUAAGCUCAGCAGUAACAUAAAACUGUGCAGACAUAAAGCCAAAAAUUGUUAUUCUCCCAUUUAGAUCCAACCAGUACAACGGUCAUUUUUCACUGUAGACUGGAUGUUGGAUAACAGACCACUUUCCAUACCAUAUUCCAUAAGGCCAGAUGAGGAACUUGGACUUACAUGAAGGUGUGGACCAAAGUUUUUAUUCCUGUGUACAGGUUUCCUUUUUCACAUUUUAAACAUUAUUUGCUUAUCAACUUUUUGUAAGAAAUAGAGUACAACUUCUUCUUAAACAGGGGGCAAUAAAUUAAUUUAUAUUCUUUGUAGAAAAAAAGA